AUGCACGAGCACCAUGAGUGGCUUCUCGAAGUGUACAACCUUAGCACGGGCAAAGCAGUGAGCAAAGAACCUUUGCAGCUAGAGAACUUCUAUGGAUCAGAAAUCGGGUCUACUGCUUGCUUUACUAUAUUUGAAGGACACUUUUACGCGGUGACGAAUCAGACAAGCCUAGAAAGCGAGGAGGUGGACUGGACGAGCUACUAUCAUUUCAUCAGCUUUCCUCUAGAUGACCCAUGUCCCGAUCUACGAAUACGAGUCAUAUGGCGUCGACAACAUGUCGAGGGGCCAAUCAACGAUGCAUGGACAUUGUUGGAAUUUCAGCACGACCAUCGGACUGGCGAAUCCUUGAUCAUCGAAUGUCGCAAGGAGUGGAAGAAUGGUGGAAGUCGCUCUUUCCGAACAUUUUACACACAGCCAUUUCACCGAGCCCAGCAUCAAGAGUUGACAGAUGGUCUUCGACACCCACCUGAUGACCCGCUGAGCAAGACCUUGGAUAAGGAGAAUAAUAGUCGGUACGAAGCAGCAAGGCCUAGGGUCGAAAAGUACGUGCAUUCGGAGGAGGGUGCCACGGGUUGCAUCAAAGAAUAUAUUCGGGCAAAGACAAAAUGGAACGGGUAUUGUUUCAACUCACAGUCAUUCGUCGAUAUAGUGACGGAGGAGUAUAGAGCGGAUGGUGAAUGGCGACCCAGGGAACGCGUCAAGCUACGCGUUGUGAGCCGCGAGGACAUCUCACCACUUGUGGUUGAUACAAUCAACCCGAUGAGAGCCGGUGGUCUGAUUGUCAGACCACGCAAACGAGAUAGAGAGGGAGAGGAGAUGCUCGAUGGUGAAGAUGAGUUUUCGACCAGUCAUAUAUCACUCUGGCCCGAGGAUGAUGCACCUCAAUCGCUGCAAGAGAUUCUCUGUCCAGGUGGGCGGGUUUCUGAGGUCCAGGCUGUGCUAGGGGAUGAAGGGUUGAUCUACAUGGCCGGGCCACCAGGAGGAUACGGCGAACGGGCCCUCGUGUUCGUCAGUUUCGAUCCCACGUUCGGAUUCGAGGGCAUGACCAGACUUGAUGGCACCCUUGUGCGUGAGAAAGAAAGGGGUCGGGAACCGAGCUCGAUGUCCAGCCUUGCCAGAAAAAGAAAAUCCCAUUCGGACAAUCAUGUGGAAGAACGAACACGAGACCUCGAACCUUCUCAUGAUCAGCUCCAGACUGAGAACAAGGACAGAGCCUCUUCGAAUUUACCAGACCGGACAAAGCGCGUCAAGACCGACGAUCAAGCAAUCAACGAAAGUAUAUCAUGCCCAGCGGACAUAUAUCCGAAUGUAUCCUCUACAUCUAUGGCCACACUCACCCCAACACCAUCAGGCUGGCCGCCAUCACUGCCAUUCCCUCAAACCGUCGAGUCACCAUCUUCACCGUCCGGACAGGACGAAUCGUCGACCAUGCCAUCAUCCUUCUCGUCCUCAUCGUCGGCAUCCUCAGUAGCGCCUGCCCGGCAAACCUGCGCGAGCAGCUCGUCCAAAAUCUCUAGCGCCACCCCUGCCACCAACCCAACCUCAACAUCGGGUCUGCUGACCUGGCGCGAGAGGGCCCGAUACCUCAGCAUCGCGAACGGCAUCUGGACGCGAUGA